GUUCACUUGAUCCACAAAAACUAUUUUAGUUCACUGCUUUCAAAAAGUUGUCAAGCUUGGACAACAGGUGGCGCUAACUACUAAUUAUAUUUUGUGCUACUAAUACUAACUAUGAUCAGCUGUAAAUGUUUUUCUUUUUGAAAAAUUCUUAUAACAAACAGAAGUACUCAGCAGUUUAACAGUGUAGUAUAAUCUAAAAUGAAUAAAAUAGAGCUAGAAGGCACAGCGCAUUUAUUAGACGAACUAGAUAAAAAACUGAUGGUAUUACUAAGAGAUGGUAGGACACUCAUUGGAUACUUGAGAAGUGUAGACCAAUUUGCCAAUUUAGUGCUGCACCAAACCAUAGAAAGGAUACAUGUAGGAAGAGAAUAUGGUGAUAUUCCAAGAGGAGUCUUCAUAGUAAGAGGAGAGAAUGUAGUACUCCUAGGAGAAAUUGACACAGAAAAAACAGAUCUGCCACUCAUUGAAGUAUCAGUAGAUGAAAUAUUGGAUGCUCAACGUAAAGAACAUGAGCAAAAGCAAGAAAAACAGAAGUUAUUGUCUAAAGCACUGAAAGAACGAGGUCUUCACUUAAUAACAGAUUUGACACAUGAUGAUAUGUUUUAAUUUACUCUCAUUUCUAAUGUUUAUAUAUUUAUCAUUGAGUUUUUUCAUAAACAUUUUUUCUAUUUAUUUUUAGCUAAUUCUAUUUUUCUUUAUAACAGGGUGUCCCAAAACGUAGAGAUAAUCGGAAGCUCAUUGGAAGUCACAGCCAAAAAUUUUAACUUUUAAACUAAAAAAAAUAUGUUGGUGAUUUGGGCUUCUCAUAGGGUGAUCUACAUCUGUGCUGUUUAUCACUAUUUUUUGGGACAUCCUGUAUAAAUUAAAUUCAAUCAUAAUUGGACCCACAUUCACAAACCUUAGUAAUCUCAACUGAAGAGAAAUUACAUUUAAGAUAAUAAGUCUAUUUUUCUGAAAGAUACUUUUAUCAUAAGUAGGGAUGAGCCAAGUACUCUUGUUUAUAUCAGGUCUUCUGCAUACUCAAACGAUUUUACCGAGUACCCGUUUUCGACUAUUACUCUCCAGAUGAAUUUUUAUGAGGUUUCAGAAUUUUACAGUAAUGUUCAUAAAUUCAACAAUAUUUUAUCUCGCAUAUUCUAAUGUGUUCUUAACCACAGAUUUUGUUUUUAUCCUUCUUUGUGUGUGUAACGUGCAUGGCAUAGAUCAAGUCUGAUGAAUUAUUACUUUUUUUAUAUUUCCAAAAAUAAUAAAGGGUUAUUUAUUGAAUUACACGGCCGGCUAAUUACUCGGUCUGAACACAAGACGUAACUUGUGUAAGCCAAUGAAUUGCAUUUUGAUGUGCACUCUGAGCAUCUUUAUGCCGAAUCAGUUAAUUGAUUUGCAUUAUUUCUUAAUAAAUGUCAACCAAGUUCUCCAUCAGUAAGCUAGUGUAUUUACAGUAUUUGCACAGUUUAUUUUUUAUAUACAAGCAGUUACUACCUACCACAUGAUGUUUCAUAAAAUGUAUUAUCCAUGGAGCAGCUGCCAUUCUUAGCUUGAACCGAAACCACAUUGUAGUAUUACCGAUUUGCAUUUUUCAUUUGCUUUUUUACUGGUAGUUACCGACCAUGUGGCAACGUUGUGGCUUUCCUUCCAAGUCCAUUUGAAGGGUACCGGGGCAAAACGGCAUUAGUCCAUUAUUUGACUGAAUUGAGGUUUCUGUUUAUUUUGGUGCAUUUUCCUGAUGCUAUCUUGUAAUCAGCUUAUUAGAUUGUAAAAACGGUUUAGGUCCACGAAACAACAGCUAUAAGAUUCCCUAUGCCUGGGAAGAAUGGCAUGAGUCCCUGCGCGUGUAUGAAAAAACGGCAUGAGUCCAUAUCUAAAGCAGGGGUUUCAUCGGCUGUACCGCUUGGGCUCUCUGUUAUUGCAUCAGCCAUAAGUUUACUAUUAGACUCCACGUGUGUUGUAUAAGCGGAGAUUUUGAUUAUUGACUAUAUUCGAUUAUUUAGUUUAUAAUACGGGUUCUGUGUAUAAUGGAUAGUAACUAUACAGUGUCAAGUGAACCAGGUCCAUCAAACCAAGAAAAAAAAACCCAAUAACUCAGAAAGACAAAGAGACGUAAUGAAAACGUUGCGCGUCACUACCCACGAACUUGGAUCUGAUUGUUUUGAGGACGUUUUCGCUGUUUUACUACAGUUCUUGAACCUGAACGCUGUAGACUUCUUCGUGAAUUCAAUGACUUAGGAAACACUAAUGCACAAAACGCUUAUCUUAGUGGUCUUAUAACUGUUCUUCCUGUCAUGCGCAGACGCCCUCGAAAAAAUGAAGCAGAGUCUAGGCUUAAUAAUGCUUCAUUUAAUUUAUUUAUCGUGUCCAAUUGGUUGAAAAUGGAAUUACACCCGAUGUUCCAGUUUUCCGGGACUUUUUAUUACACGGAAUUACACUUCGUCAAGUUCAGUACAAAAGACUAAUUAGUUGCAACUGGGAAAUCGCCCAUCGAUAUGCGUGAAACACACAACACACGACUUCACAAACUUUCAGAAAACCCAAAACAGAAAGUGGCCGAGUUUAUUAAGAGCCUUAAAUGCUGCAAAUCACAUUAUUCUUUGGCAGAUUCACAAAAAGUUUACCUACCUGAAAAUCUAAAUAUCCCAAAAUUACACAAAAUAUAUUCUAUUGACAAUGUUGAGAACAGGAUUUCUUAUGAAUCCUUCCGAGAAAUAUUUGAAAACAACUUUAAUGUAUCGUUGGUUAUCCACGAAAAGAUACUUGUAGUUGAUUCUAUGAAAUGCGCCAAAUUCCUCCCAUUUUCUAAAAUUGGAUGUAUCCAACACCUUUUUCUUUUCUCUUCUUUUUGAGUUUUCUAUAUACAUAUGAAAGGAUAAUAUUUUUCUUAUGAGGAUUCAUGGCGAGGUCGUCUGUAGCUUGCCGCAGAAAAAUCUCAACUGAGCCUGGUCCCCUAGCCGUUGUCUCGACCGGUAGCUUUGUCGUGCCAUGUACAAGCUUGCAAGUUUUGUUAACCGUACGGCUAACACCCCGUACGAUGAAGAAAUCGUGCCAUGUUCAAGAGGCCUAAAGAGAACUUACCGCAAACGUGCCUCAAAGUUCCCCGCUAUCGAAAGUAUCACGAUGGAUUACCAAAACAACUUGCCCUGUCCAAAUAUUAUAACAAUUGAUGUUUCCUAUAAGCGGCAACUAAAUUUUAUCAGUUUUAACAUCCACAAAAUAAAAACUUUAGUUAUUCGGUUUUUGCAUUACUUGGUUACCAAAAAAAUCGUUUUACUACUGUGAAAGUAAUAUUCCCGAUCAGGGGGCAUUCAUACAUAGAGUGUGAUAUAAAUAUGAGUCUCGUGAACCAACGAGCAUACACUGAGGUACCGGAUGACUGGAGAGAUUAAUUGGAAAAUUGACGUGUGAAUCCUACACUAUUUGAAGUCAUUGAUUGUGGCAAACAUUUUGAUUUUCAAGAUUGGUGUACGUUUUUAUCGCCUUAUCAUCCAACGAAGUGCCCCUUUCCAAUCCGACCAGUCAGGAGGUUCAAGUUUUGUAAACAGAAUCCUCGCGUAGUUUUUCACAAAUCGACGUAUAAGGGCCUAUAUGCUAGUUUUAGUGAAAGGGUUAGUCUUGGGAGCAGGUACACUGUCACAAAAAGUUAUCUCUUGAUGAUCCCCCUGAGAAAAAUUCCUGCAAGCGCUCAUGUAACCAUUAAUUAACCUAUUCUACUCAGCAGAUAGAACGCAGCAUUGCUUAUCAUGACAUUUGGACAAAAAUUCCUGAAGUUCUAUGCGUUAUUAUUGUCCACUGGCAGAGAGUAAAAUAAUAACCAUUAUCAAUAUAGACUAUAUUUGUAUAAAACAUCUAAGCUUCCAUUCUAAAACGAAGUUUCAAAAACAAUCGGUUUCCCUUCUUUGUCAAAUUGCCGAGGUUUCAAGACGGGCUCCUUACUCUUCUCUGCUUCUACGUUCAAGCCACUAUUAUUCUGUAAGUCACUACCAUCCAGACAUUGCAAUAAGGAUCCAUUUACAUUAGAGGGCAGCUCAUUUAUCUCCAUGUAACUAAAAUCAUCUGCUCUACUCGAAAAACUAGAAUCAUUCAAUGAAGACUGUGGAGAUGUAACUUCCAUAUUUCGACUG